GUGCCAUAGGUUGCCUACCCCUGCAUUAGACUGUCUACGAUGGCGUUAAGGUGAGCUUGCAGAGGCUGUCUGACGUCAGAGGCUUCGGAGAGGGAGGCUGGUCUGAAAGUGAAAACAGCAGCAGUUCCAAGCCGAGUACAGUACUGUGCAGAGAGCUAAAGGAGAAGGACAAACACUGCUCCGUGUGGAUUAUAGGACUGCAGAAAGGGGGGAACUGCGCAGAGACAUGGGGACUACAAUAUCAUGAUCAGUAGAUAGCAUCUCACACCAUGACCAUGGCUCCCCGGAAAAGAAAUCGUCAUGCUUUGGGGUUUCUUUGCUGCUUCGGGGGAAGCGACCUCCCUGAAAUCAACCUCAAGGAUAAUAACCCCCUCCAGUUCCUGGAGUUCUCUGUCCCAAUCCCACCAGCGGAGGAGCUCAAUGCUAGGUUCUCCGAACUUGUGGAUGAACUGGAUCUCACGGAUAAGAACAGAGAGGCUAUGUUUGCACUCCCGCCAGAGAAGAAGUGGCAGAUUUACUGCAGCAAAAAGAAGGAACAAGAAGACCCUAAUAAGCUUGCUACCAGCUGGCCAGAUUACUAUAUUGACCGCAUCAACUCCAUGGCUGCAAUGCAGACCCUGUACGCUUUUGAUGAAGAAGAAACAGAAAUGAGGAAUAAAAUAGUUGAAGACUUGAAAACAGCUCUGCGGACUCAACCCAUGAGGUUUGUGACCAGGUUUAUUGAGCUGGAUGGCCUGACCUGUUUGUUGAACUUCCUGAAGAGCAUGGACUAUGAGACCUCAGAGAGCCGCAUACACACAUCCGUUAUAGGGUGUAUCAAGGCACUGAUGAACAACUCCCAGGGACGGGCACAUGUCCUGGCCCAUCCAGAAAGCAUCAAUAUCAUCUCCCAGAGCUUACGGACUGAGAACAUCAAGACCAAAAUCGCUGUGCUGGAGAUCCUCGGGGCUGUCUGCCUGGUGCCGGAUGGCCAUAAGAAGGUCCUACAGGCCAUGCUUCACUACCAGGUCUAUGCUGCAGAGAGGACAAGAUUCCAGACAUUGCUGAAUGAGCUAGACCGAAGCAUGGGGCGCUACCGGGAUGAGGUGAAUCUCAAAACGGCCAUCAUGUCCUUUAUCAAUGCUGUUCUGAAUGCUGGCGCGGGCGAGGACAAUUUGGAAUUCCGAUUGCACCUGCGAUAUGAGUUUCUGAUGCUGGGAAUUCAACCUGUUAUUGACAAGCUAAGAGGACAUGAAAAUGCAACAUUAGACAGGCACUUAGAUUUCUUUGAGAUGGUGAGAAAUGAGGACGAUCUGGAACUUGCCAAGCGGUUUGAUGUGAUUCACAUUGAUACAAAAAGUGCCUCUCAGAUGUUCGAGAUGAUCAAGAAGAGAUUGAAGCACACAGACGCCUAUCCCUAUUUGCUAUCAGUCCUUCAGCAUUGCUUGCAGAUGCCUUAUAAGUGGAAUGGAGGACAUUUCCAGCAGUGGCAGCUGUUAGACAGGAUACUACAACAAAUCGUUCUUCAGGAUGAGAAAGGGGAUGAUCCAGAUAUAGCUCCACUGGAUAACUUCAAUGUCAAGAACAUCAUUAAGAUGCUGGUGAAUGAGAAUGAAGUGAAACAGUGGAGGGAUCAGGCAGAGAAAUUCAGAAAAGAACACGCAGAGCUGAUGAGCAGACUGGAAAAGAAGGAAAGAGAAUGUGAGAUAAAGACCCAAGAGAAAGAUGAAAUGAUGAAGACAUUGAACAAGAUGAAGGACAAGCUACAGAAAGAAUCCUUGGAACUGCGCCAGACCCGGGACCAAAUGACAGACCUGGUAGCUCAAUUCAAUGAGUUCUCGCAAGGAGGUGGCAUUUCCUUCACACAACCUCCUCCACCCCCUCCUGGUGGCCCAUUAGCUUUGCCCUCCUCUCUGAUGAUGGAGUGUUUGCCCCCGCUGCCACCCCCACUCCCAUUCUCCAGCUGUCCCCCUCCACCUGCUCCGCCUCCUCCACCGGGAGGGCCACCUCCCCCACCUGGAGCCCCUCCUUUUUUCAGCAUGGGGAUGAUGCCCCCUCCUACAACCACCUUCAGCAGCAGCGGGACCAGCCUGAGGAAGAAAUCUAUCCCACAGCCUUCCCACCCACUGAAAUCCUUCAACUGGGCCAAACUGAGUGAGGAGAAGAUCCAUGGCACAAUCUGGCAUGAAAUCGAUGACUUAAAGGCUUUCAGGGUGCUGGAUCUGGAGGAUUUUGAAAAAAUGUUCUCUGCUUAUCAAAGACACCAGGACCUGCUAACUAACCCCUCCUCCUGUAAGCAGAAAGAGAUGGGCUCAACUGAGGACCUAUACUUGUCCACACGGAAGGUUAAAGAGCUUUCUGUUAUUGAUGGUCGAAGGGCUCAGAAUUGCGUCAUUCUCCUCUCCAAGUUGAAGCUGUCAAAUGACGAAAUCAGACGGGCAAUCUUGAAGAUGGAUGAACAAGAAGACUUGGCCAAAGAUAUGCUGGAGCAGCUGCUGAAGUUUGUUCCUGAGAAGAGUGAUAUCGACCUGCUGGAGGAACAUAAACACGAAAUUGACCGCAUGGCCCGGGCUGAUCGAUUCCUCUAUGAAAUGAGCAGGAUUGAUCACUACCAGCAGCGGCUGCAGGCGUUAUUCUUUAAGAAGAAGUUCCCAGAGAGGCUGGCAGAAUGCAAGCCUAAAGUGGAAGCCAUUCUUCUGGCCUCCAAAGAACUCACCCGCAGCAAGCGCUUGAAGCAGCUCUUGGAGGUUGUCCUGGCUUUUGGCAAUUACAUGAACAAGGGCCAAAGGGGAAGUGCAUAUGGCUUCAAAGUCUCCAGCCUGAACAAAAUUGCAGACACUAAAUCCAGCAUAGACAGGAAUAUUACACUGUUGCACUACUUAAUUAUGAUCUUCGAGAAGAACUACACAGAUAUCCUAGACAUGCAGUCUGAGCUGCAGCAUCUUCCGGAAGCAGCAAAAGUCAACCUGAUGGAGCUGGAGAAGGAAGUUAACAACAUAAAGACUGGAUUGAAAGCCGUUGAGGUUGAACUGGACUACCAGAAGAGACGCAUGCGGGAAGCAGGGGACAGGUUUGUGCCUGUCAUGAGUGACUUCAUCACUGUGGCCAGUUUCAGCUUCUCGGAGCUAGAAGACCUUCUGAGCGAGGCUAAGGACAAGUACGCCAAGGCGCUGAAGCAUUUUGGAGAGAAUGAGGGCAAGAUGCAGCCAGAUGAAUUUUUUGGCAUCUUCGACACCUUCCUGCAGUCGUUCACAGAGGCCAAACAAGAUCUGGAGAAUAUGAGGAAGAAGAAAGAGGAGGAGGAGCGCAGGGCACGCAUGGAGGCCAUGCUGAAAGAGCAGAGGGAUAAAGAAAGGCGACAAAAGAAAGCAAAGGCCGGCAGCAUCUCCGAGGAGAGUGGAGAGUUCGACGACCUGGUGUCAGCCCUCAGGUCGGGCGAGGUCUUCGACAAAGACUUAUCCAAGCUCAAGCGCAACCGUAAGCGUUCAGGGAACCAAGGCUUGGAGACGAGUCGGGAGCGUGCGGUGACCAAACUAAAUUAUUAACAACAAAAGGAAGGAGGGGACGUUAAAAGAAAUAGAACAAACACAAAGAAGAUGAUGACGAAGAACAAAUGAAGAAAGAUGAAUGUGUGUGACAGCAAUUGGCUGAUGGUUGCCCCCAAGGGCUCCCCCAGCCCGUAGCUAGAGAUGUUACCUUUUCAUGACCAACUUUCCUCCCGUCCCACACCUCCCCCAUGCGCCUAAUGUGGAAUGGCUGUAAAAGUGCCUCUGUGGAGCCAGCAGGGUUUGUGACUGGGCCAUUUGGAUCGUUGGCUGAUUUGCUUCUGGGAGUCUUGCCUCCAAGCUCAGCAAAGGCCUGUUGAUGACAACAGAAAGCACUUGGGCCUUGUGGACCACUCGGCAGCUGGGGGAAGAUUGUUCGCUGUAUGCCAAAGUACAAACAAGUAGUGUUCUCCAUCUGUUGAGACUAAGCAAGACCAUAACAUCUCAGGCUGGCUCUGAACAAACCUGACACCUUCUCGAGAUCUGGAGCAACCUUCGGGAGUUUGCCAUGGAGUUCCUUUCCAGAACUGGAUUUAUAAAGAGUCAUUGAUGAGAAUCUGAAAAAUGCUUUUGAUCUCAUGUACUGUGUAUUUUUAUUUGUGCUUUUGUGGCCUAUAGUAGCCAAAGCAAAUGACGCUCAGAGGGGAAGGAUGGGGUUUGGAAAUGAGAUGGAAUCCUGUCUCGAAAUCCAUAAUCAGAAUUGAUGAAACCAUUUACAAAACUUCUUUUUUUGAAUUUUUUUUUUUGUUAAAGCCAUUUUCUGGAACCUGUUGAAGCUUCUAGGGAUGUUCUAGAACCUGAAAAGUUGGGAGAGAGUGAAAUACAUGUUCUAGAAUGGGUGCUCUACGUUGGAGUCUAGAAAAUGAAUCCACAGCCGAUCGGGGCCAGAUCCAGAUGCUCUUAGAGCCUACUACCAUUGCCCAAGGGUAGGAGGGUAAUAGCCACCCAGUGCUGAUAAUUUCACACUGCUUUUGCAUCAUUUUGUUAGUGCAACCCAGUGGAAAUUGGGAACUGUAUGGGAUCAUCACAAGGUCCUAAAUAAAGACAGUUAAACGAGAUCACUGACAAUGGAAAUGGGAUAUUUUUUUCCACUUGGUACCAGCUACAACUUUAUUGGAACGAACUAGAGCUUGCAUCUAGGAAGUUGGCCUUCUCAGCAAACCCCUGUGGGAACCAUAAAACAUCAUAAUAUGUGAUGUCAAAGGACAGCCAUGUUCCCCAGGGUCUUUUCUACUUGGAAGAUGAUGUUUGCAAUGAAGGUGCCAUAAACAAGACAGGAAUUAAUCAGGAGGACACAGAUCUGAAUGGGUCGAGGGCUUUGAAAAUUAGUGUUUAAUUAAUAGGAAUGUUUGUAUUAAAAAAUAAAAAUGUAAAGCACACAGCCAAAAACAAACAAGCCAACAAGAAAGACACUGACUAUUUUGUUGCUAUGUCUGUUCACCUUCACGACUCUAGAAAUGAGACUAACUUAUGCAAGUUGUCACGGUUUCAUUUGUCUUGUCUUCCUUAAGUGAACUUUUUGGUUAUCUUUCCACGGAGAGAAAAAGGAGGAGAAAGACAGUAGUAUUCUGGAUGUGAUACUAGAUGAGAGAAAGAGACCCAUCUUCCGCAAAAUAUGCAUUAAAAAACAAACAGCAGGAAAUCUUGUAGAAUCUGGAGGAAGUCAGAAACAGAUCAGUUCGUCACUUUAAUUACUUGGCUUUAUUUUUCUCCAAAUGUCACUUAAUCUCAGGCUCAGCAUUGAGUCUGCAGGACAAAACUCCAUGCCCCAGGCACACUGCCUGAUCAGUAUUAUAUUCAGACAACAUCGGGGAAACACACUGUGGAGGUUCUCUGAACUCUUGGAAGGUUAAAUAAUUAUGUAAACUAUGGAGAUAAGAAAAAAAGUUUAACUGUAAUGUUUACUGUAUUUUGAGUCUCCCACCCUAGAAUUUCCCUAUUGAUGACAUUCCAGACCACUGCACCUCUGCAGAAUACUCAUGGUGAAGAGUUGGUAUCUUACAAGAGCUGCGUGCAUUCUCCUUCAGUAUUAUUCCCUUCCCCCUUGAGGAUUAGCAGUUAACAGAAAUGUCCAUUGUGGCAGACCCAGGCACCUUUUAGGAGAGAGAUUUUGUAUUUUCAUACCGGGUUUUGAAAGUUUAAGGAAAAAAAAACUUACAUUUGUAAGCAAUUUUUUAAAAACUCCAAAAUAGAUUUUUAAAAAAUGUCUUUUUUUUGUAAAUUACAUUCACAAGCUUCUGCUGCCUCUGUACUAGAUCAGUGCUCUAUUCCAACACUAUUUUCUUAAAGCAUGCCAUAUAACCCACCCUGUGAGAGCCAUAUGAGAUUGUCAUAGGUGCCAGAUUGGUAUACAUUGAGUUUAGUGUUUGGUAGUCUCCAAAUUCCAAGUCUGAGAUUUUUAAGGAUUAUAAAUAUUGGGAUUUUUUUAACCUGGUUUAUCUUCCCUGGUUUUAGUGCUCACUCACUAAUUCAGUUUAGUACCAAGGUCAGAUUUCAGCCCUGGUGUAAGCAGGUGUGACUCCAUGGUUUCACUAGAGUUGUACCCUCUUGGCCCCCAGUCUAAGACUAAUCCAUUUUUAUAAGGAAAAUUCAACAGGGGUUGAGAUAUCAAAGAGAACUCAGCUCAGGGGAAGAGCCUUGAAUUUAUGAGCUAACAUCUCCCCACCCUGUACUUAUCACCAGCAGGCUUGUGUUAGGCUUUCUGACACUAGUCACCUUGCACUGCCAUGAAUGUAGCAAAGGCAGAGAGGGGGAGGUUGUUACAAAGAAACCCACUGUCCAUUGAUCAGAAUUGCACAGUCCAGCCCAAGGUUUGCAGAGAUCUCUGUACGAGAGAGUCGAAGGGAGCCAGUGAAAUCUUCCAGCUCCCAGACGGAUGCACAAAGCACAUAGGGCUGUACCAGGCAGCUGUGGGCCGUGCUCUGGAUUUAGAUUAUUGUGACUGAAAAGCCUUCAGGAGCCCAUAGAUUGACUCUAGUUCCAUUUUCUCAGCAUCAAGUGUUUGAGUCUCUGAUGCUUUUUUGCUUGAGUCUCUGAUGCUGGAUCAAAGUUGCUUUUUCAAUCGUAAGGCACCUUCAGCAUGGUCCCUAUCUCUGAUCACUUACCCCAUAGCAAAAUGUUCUUGGGAGGAGGCCCCUGGUGAGGUCUUGGACACACUAGCGUUGAGUCAUGAAGUUUGGCAGCAUUUCCUACCACUGACAGGUGGCAACAGGGAGAAAGGCCUGUUAACAUGUUUUCAUGGGAUGCAAAUUGGCUGGCCACAUGGGAUGGAGAGCAGCUGGCCCUGCCCUGGGGCUUACCUUCUUGCUGGGACUACAUUCCAUCUUGAUUUUAGACGUAGGGGUGCUGUGACUCAGUGCGACUCCCUUGUGCCAUUUAAACACAGCUCUCUGGAGAGCCGCUAACUGGCUAAGAAAGGAAAAUGAAGGUUGUGCUGCCCUGCCUAGUCUUUGUUCUCAAGUGAAUGAGUUUGUUUUAGCAGGGUCCCACAAUUCACAGGAUACGGGCUGUAAUCACUGACACAGUGACUGGUGCUUGCUGUGAGACCGUAAGAACCCGUAGGAGCUCCGUUCUGGGCUUUUGGUUGGUGGUUGUUUUUUCUCUUGGCUGAGUCUAGGAGCCAGCGUUUCCUAAGAUUUGAAAUAAAAUGUCCAUUUCCAUUGAAGAAGAGGAUACAAGUGUUGGAAUUGAAGGGGGAGAGAGAGAGAACAGUUAAAUGAGAGGGCUCAGUUUGCAGUGCUUUCCCAACUUCCCAUCUUCUCCAAUCCCUGGGAUCUGCUCCCCCAUCUGAGACUUGCCCUGCAAUGUCUUAGGGGCUCUGCUGCUUUUCCCCCAUCCCCUGUGCUCCUCUGUAUCUUGGCUCAGCCCGGCCCUGCAGCAUCCCAGGAGCUGUCCCAUCUCCAGCUGCUCUGGUCCUAGCUCAGCCCUGCCAGUCCACACUAGCACUCCUGCCAUUGCAAGCAUCAGUGGAGUGCACCAAGCUACAGCUGUGGAAGGGUUUCCCUGAAACAGUCAGGGUAGGUGCAGCCUCAGUUUUUCCCUUGUGGGGACCCAAUGGCAUGUUCACCUUAAAGGGAUCAGCUGCAAUCACGGGAGUCCUGCAUGUCUGUGGACCUGCCCUUGAUCUCACAGCUCCCGGACUUGCUGCUAGAGCCAAAAUCUUCUCAGCCAUUGCCUUGGUAAUCCCCAAGUGCCUCUCUGCUGUCCAGGCCUUGCUCCACCCCACUCUGAUACCUCCAUGAUCCUUCUGGGUAGGGAUGUCUGUAGCAUGCACCCUGGGGUAGCAUGUUGGCAGGUGGAAAGCAGCAGCCCACAGGAGGGCAGCUUUAAGUAUCGCCUCUUUCUUAGCUUAACAAAGGCACCUCCUGAAGCCUUCCCAGCAGCUCUUUGAGUACUUAAACCCUACGCCAGCAAGAAGGAUUCAGCCACUUUCCUAAAGACCUUCCUGCCAGCCCCAGAGGGAUGCUGACAAUGGGCCCACUAUGCACUAGCAAAUCCUAGGGAAGGAAAGGCAAUGGUAAACAGAUCAGGAAGGCCAGGGCAUGUGCAAGGUGCAGAGGACAAGCUCGCAGGAGAACCUAUCCGGGGCAAUUACCAAUAGACCUUGGAUUUGGUUAAUCCUAGAGUCAUACUGCUGCAAACCUUGGCAGAGGCCUCAGGCAGUGAGAAGUUCCCCUACCAGGGAACUAGGUUACAGUGACGCAACAUAGCUUCAACUUCUGCAAUGAGGCAGCUGUAAGGGGCCAGCCCGGCCCCAACAGUGGAUAGGCUGAACAGACAGAGGUGUGUGCCAAUUGGCACUCUCCUAAGCUUUUCCCACCAGCACAGCUCGUCUGGAUCCGUGGCAGAGUUGUCAGCCCAACUGAGAGUAACAUUGCCUGUCCUCCCUUGAGCCAAGUCCCUCUCCUGGAGUCUCACUGCUACAGAAGAGUGUAUCUUCUAUCUCCUUAAAUCUGGCCCCCAGGGUCCAAGUCCAUCCUUAAUUAUCUCCAUGGAAGCCCAUUAUUGUUAAGAAGGUUGCCCCAGGGGGCCACAGAAAAGUUAUUAGCACAAGUGCUCAGUCAAGUCCCUCCCUGGCUCGCUCUCUCUGGUCUGGGUCACACUUCUGAAUCAGUCACAUUUCCAGAGACCAGGACAAUUGACAUCAAAGCAGCUCCACAACAUGGGAGCAGAAAGGCCAGUCCACAUUCUGCAGCUGACUGAAGAUCCAGGCACCAAAUCCACACCCCGCCCCAGUGGCGGCAGCAGCAGGACUAGUGCUUAGUGGCUAGAGACUUUCCAAGGGGAAGAUGACUUGGGUGUUCUUCAGAAGCAUUUCUGUAAUGUGCUCGGGGUGUCCGAGGAAACGAGAGAGGUUGUGAGGGGCCUUAUGGGAAAGAUACGACGUGGGCAUUUCUGUGACGGUCAGCUCUUUGGAGGAAUGUUUCCUCUCUCCAGGUGGGCUCGCACUCUGAGCUGGGUAGUGGAGGGGGAGGCGUGUGUCCGAAGUGUCUUUGAGGGGAAUGGAGACGGGUUGUACAGUUCAUGAUGUACAUGAUGUAUGCAGUUUUGUUUCUGGGUAAUUUCUUUUUAUUUUGGUUAAAUGUUUUUUAAAAGAAUUAAGGUUUUUAGGAAGCUCUAGGGGGAAGCUGUAAAUCUGACACCUCUAUUUAUUUUGCCUUAUUUUAGUUUGCUAUGUUUGCAUGUAUGCACCGCACUACAGCAAAGACUAUUGAGACUGUGCCAGGGCAUUACACCAGCUAGCCGGUCUGCUUGGCAAUUCCGGGCUGGGCUGCAUGUCAGCAGUUGGAGGGGGCAGGGAGGGAGCGUUCCCUGGGGUUUUGUAUCUCCAUUGGCCCAUGCCUCCCGAGCUUUUUCUUUUAGACCAAUUACAGCUCUGUUACUUUCAUUCACAUUGUGAUUUUACUUUAUCCGAAUCCCGAGCAGUGGGCUAAAAGGUAGCACUCUCCUCAGACUCCGCCCACAAUCCCCAGUGGAGCAGGAUGCUUCUACAGAAGUGCUCAACACAGAACAAUGUGUCCUUUACAUGAUCAUCAUUAGGCUUCAGAGUUAACAAGUUGCUGAGACAAACAGAGACAGUCCUCACCACUCUGAGCUAUCAUUCCUUUCUGACUGCAGUCUCUUGGAAAUAGCACUUUUUUUUUUUUUUUUUUUUUUGCACAUUGGGGAGAUUUUCUUUACAACUGUAAGGGUUAGAUUUUUUUUGUUGUUUAAUGUAAGUUUAAAUCCUGCACAUACAUCUCCCAUGGAUUGGCUCCACCCAACUACUGAUCCCAAUGGGCAGUUUGAUUAAGGCUACUUAAUCCUUAUGGGAUUUGUGGCAAAAACAAAGCUGUCCACAUUUUGCCUAACAUAGCACCUGUGAACUCGUAGGGCUACAUGUGUUUGCCAGCGCAGAACAGGAGUAUGGAUUCUCUAAUGGUGGUGUCUUUAAGAUACUUGGGAGAGUCAUAAAGCCCUUCACUAUGUUGUUCUCAUUCUUGGAGGAACAUUCUAUAGAUCUUUACGGCCAGAUUCUUCUGUUAGUAGGAUAAAUCCAGAUCCGAUGAGGUCAGGUCAGUCUGCCCUGGAUUUACACCAAUAUAACUGGGAUCAGCAUCUGACUCCAUUAGUUUGCUUUUGUGUUGCCUACAGCAUGUUCCAUAAAUUCCAUACAGUACAUUGUUAGAAGGGCUUAUCACCAGACACAAGCCCUCUGUGCCCAGCUAAUGUCCCUCCUUCUAACCGCCAUCUGGAAAGGCUUCCGAAAAAAAACAUCACAGUGCUGAAAGGAAACGUCAGAUGUUUCAGACCAGUGCUUGCUCCUGGUAGGACCUCAUCUCAGCCAGCUGUCUCACUUCCUUGCAUUAGGUUAACUUGAAAUUUGCUGGCCACUUUUGGAUUCCCCCACAUGCUAAAUUAGAAGGCAUAGUGCUGCCUGCAGGAGCUGGAGAGAGGUCCGGUGCUGCUGUAAUGCCUUAGUGUAUCCUCAUUUCUUGGUCAGUUUAAGACUAUAAAUGAAUUAAAUGUAAAAAACCUGUAGUGUCCUUUUUAUCUGCACCUUUUUAUAAGAAUAUACUGUAAUACUUAAAAAAAAAAAUUAAAGAUAUA